CAUGACACUAUGUUACGUGCUAUGUUUAGUGGUCGCAUGGAAAUUGUCACAGAUUCUGAAGGAUGGAUACUAAUAGAUAGGUGUGGUAAACACUUUGGUACAAUUUUAAAUUUUCUAAGAGAUGGUUCGAUUCCAUUACCUGAAAGCACAAGAGAAAUGGCCGAGCUACUUGCUGAGGCAAAAUUUUAUUGUAUCAGUGAAUUAAUUGAAUCUUGUGAACAAGCACUUCUUAGGAAGGAGAGAGAAGCAGAACCUAUUUGUAGAGUUCCGCUGAUCACUUCUCAAAAAGAAGUGUUAGUGUUAAUUAGUAGCACUACGAAACCAGUAGUGAAGUUGCUCAUUAAUAGGCACAAUAAUAAAUAUUCAUACACAAGUACGUCAGAUGACAAUCUGUUAAAAAACAUAGAAUUAUUCGACAAAAUAUCCCUUAGAUUCAAUGGUAGAGUGCUAUUUAUUAAAGAUGUGAUUGGCUCCAGUGAAAUUUGUUGUUGGACAUUUUAUGGUCAUGGCCGUAAAGUUGCAGAAGUUUGUUGCCACUCCAUUGUAUAUACAACUGACAAAAAACACACAAAGGUUGAGUUUCCAGAGGCCAGAAUCUAUGAAGAGACAUUAAAUAUUUUGUUAUACGAGAACCGAAAUGGUCCUGACCAAGAAUUAAUGCAAGCAACUUCCUCACGUGGUGCAGUCAGUGGUGCACCACCUUGUACAUCAGAUGAAGAAGAGGGUGAGCGUUCAGGCUUGGCUCGCCUUCGCUCCAACAAACAAAACACCAACUGACCCCACCUUAUCCCACUUACCAAUCCCCAUCCGACGACUCUUAGCGUCGUUCGAGUCC